CCGGCAGCUGGGAUGUGUCCAGAGCGUCAGCUGAAAAGGCUCAGACUGAAGUGGCUUUCUGGAUUAGAGUCGGAGGUGUCUGAGUGUCCGGCAAUGGCAGUGGGGCUGGCGAGUUUGUUGCAGGGGAUAGUAGUGAUGUUGAGCAGCGUGUGGACAGUGUUGCCGCUGGCGUUGGUAGUCGCUUUCAGCACCUGGCUGUGGUUUCAGAGAGGCAAGAACCAGAAGGCACUGGAGAGCCCGGAGGGAGCUGGGCCAAAGAGCACUUCCCCGGAGGGCAGUGACCGCAGCCUUGGGGAGAGCAGCUCUGAGGACGGAGAGAGAGAGGGCUGUCAGCAGGACACUGCUGAUAAAAUUACAGUUUCUGAAAGUGACAAUAUGCCAGAGAUCAAGACAGCAGAAUUGAACGUUAGUACUCAGCAGUCUCCAGUUGACCAAAAAACUGUGGCUUUAGAGGCUCAAGAUAUUCCUGAUGCAGUGGUCAAGAUUCAGGAGAGUGCACAGGACCAAAAUUUGUCAAAUAAGCAGGAUCCAGCUGAUUCCAGUCAGAAGAAUAUUUGUGAGAAUAACCAGACAAAAAAUAACUCGAUGGUUGGGCAAGUUACUGUUCAUAAUGCAAGCAUGGCUGAAGACUGUAAUUUCAGCAAAGAGGAGAUGUAUGUUUGUGAAACUAAGUGCACUGACAAAAGUGGAAACAUGUAUGAAAAAUUUGACCAUAAAGAUGAAGCUUCUGAUCAAAUGUUGAAACCAGAUAAAAUCAAUGGAACAGGCUAUCUAAAAGAAGCACCUGAUACUAAUAUCUGCAAAAAUGACAUUGACAUGAGUAAUAAGUUGGAAUGUCUUAAAACUGAAGAGGAAAAAGAUAAAAAAUUCUUCCAAGAGCAUGUUAAUGCUGAGUCAGAAAGAAUGAAUGCAAGUUCGGAGCCUGAAAACAUUGCUAGGAAAGUUGCUGCAGUAUCUCCUUUGCCUCUCAACAUAGUCUCUGUAAACUUUAAUGUUCACUAUAUUACUUACUUAAAUUCUCAGAUCCUUGCAGUGACAGGAAACCAUGAGUGUCUGGGGCAAUGGGAGAGGUAUGUACCAUUAAAACCAAACAAGGAUGGAUUCUGGUCCAGUUCCAUUUUGCUCCCAGUGAAUUCCAAGAUUGAGUGGAAAUUUGUGGUAGUGGAAGAUGGAAAGAUCUGCAGGUGGGAGGAGUGUUUCAAUAGGAUGCUUGAGACUGGUCAUGAAGACUUUGAAGUAUAUCAGUGCUGGGGUUACCAUUAAAUAUCAUGCUGAUGUUGGAGAAACGUAAUAUUCGAGUGAGUGCACUAGUUAGUAAUGUGGAAUGAUGGAGUUCAAGAUUUUGAGUUCAUUUAACUGCUUCCAAAAAGGGAACUGUAUGUCAGUGAUUUAUGUAACUUUUUCACUGGAUGGUAAUGACUUUUUCUUUUUUGCUUUUUUUUUCUUUUUUUAAAAAAAAAAGCAAUUUCUUUGUCUCCCUAUUUUUGUGCUUUGACUUCAGAAUGUUGGCUGCCUGAAUUUUUGCUGUGCUGGUUUGUCUGUGCGUAAUAACUUGCUGCUAAAAUGUGCUUUACAAAAUAACCUUAAAUAUCAUCUCUUCCAGAGGACAGUAAAUCAGUGACAUAAGGCUAAAAUAUUCCAGCACUUACUAUAAAUGUAAUUAUACAAGAAUUACUGCAUGCAUAUAAUCACUUACUGUCAUGUGCACCUGUGGGAAAAUGCUUAAUAUCCAUAUUUAAUACUUUCAAACAAAGAAAACUAAACUUUUUUGCAUGAAGAUAUUGAAGUGUAGCAAUGCCCCUCCACCCCACCCCUCCCCAAACAACGUGUAUGAGAGCAUUGCUAUUUAAGUAUAUUUUAAAAAAUCUAAUGUUGCACUUCUCUUUAAGAAUUAAAAUCAGUAGUAUUAAAAUUUUUGCCAUUACAUUAUAAAUUUUUCAAAUUACUGUUCAGAUGUUUUGCCUCUUUCUAACAAGUAAUACUUGUUUGGGGACAGAUGGGUUUAAAAAGAUACUGAAACUUUUUGGCUUAAUUAAGACUUUUUUUUUUUUGCUUUUACAUGUUGUGAAUCUUUGUUUAGCCUUAACUACUGAAUUGUUAAAGUUUUUUUUGUGGCAUGUGAAUGCUACCUUUUUUUUGGUAGGGUAAUAAAAAUGGUAUUCAUGUACUUUUUUAAUCUGGUUACUAAAUUUAAAUCCUGAAAAGGACAAAAUGUGCUACUCAGUAUAAAACCAAUAGCUUACACUAAAAUUGUGAAAUUAAUUUUAUGUAUUAAGUCUUGCAUUGAAAUAAUGUUGAACAGUCUCUUCUGAUGCUAGUGCCCAAAUCUGACCUACAGAGAUUGGAGUUCAAACAAACCUAGUGUUGAAUAGGGAGUAGAUUUACUUUAGGUUUAAAGGUAUUUACAGUCUUGGAUCCUGGAACACACAAAUGUUUGAUUCCUUAUUUAGCAGAUGUUAAAUUUUUGAUUUUAACUUGAGGGCUAGUUUUCAAUAAUUCAAGAACUUUUCAACCCCUUAACUGCAAAGCCCUGCAGGGAAAUAGCCAUUGUUCUAGUCCAGGGGGGCGUAAACACUCAACAAGCUAAUAAACUUGCUGUGGUUGAACAAACCAAUUUAAUUUAUUCUUGUUUAAUUUGAACUUGCCUUCAUAAAUCAGCAGUUUAAUUUGUGAUUGCUACAUUUUUUGAAUCUGUCAAGAGGACUGAAGUUUGAAAUAAUGCUCUGUUUACCACAGUUUUUGUAAACUUUACGAGGCUGAAAGAGUUCCUUUCCUAAACCUUAAGAAUUGUCCCCUCCAUCCUGAAUCUUCAGUCAAGUUCUCCGGUUUCCAAGUUUAUAAUGCCUUAUUUUAAAAAAAAAAAAAAAAAAAAAAAAAAAUUAUCUUGAUUAUAGAGAUCACUGAUUUUUUUUUUCUAUAACUUUGAUUUAUAGUCAGAAUUUUAAAUUGAAUUUUUUUCAGACAGUAAGCAACAUCAUUUUGCCACACUGAAACUAGUUAGCUCAUUUCAAACUUGUGAUUUACAGCACAUGUCUACAAACACUAGACCCUGAAUAUUAUGAUAUUGAGUUUCUGCACGCAGUUCUAAAUUUCUAGGAGGUGCUGUUUCUAAGGCAACUUUUGGGAAUCUUGCCUUGAUCUAUUGAUGCUGAAACCCUCAAUUCAAUUUCCACCUAAUCAGUCUGAAAAGUGACUUAUGAAAUAUCAACUGGAAGUUGCACAACUUUUUUUCUCAUUCCUUUUAAAUAUUUUGGGAAGCCAUUAUAAUGUUCUCAGAUGCUGCUUAUUAUUACUGAUUACUCCUGUUUAUAUAUUUUUUUAAUUUAGAAAGUGCAAGUCAAAGUGGGCUAGAGAAACAUUCAAUUUUGCCAUAGUUUUUAAGACAUUCUCUUUUUUUUUUGUGUAGUACCAUCUGGCCAAGAAUUGAAUUUGUAAUAUACUUUCCACAAAAAAAACUUUUGACUUGUAUUUUUAAAAUAGUCUGAAGAAUCUUUUUAAAAAUUCUGCCUUUCAUGCAAGAUGAAAUCAUCAUCAUGCCCCUGAAAUAGGAGUGGGGGGUGGGGUGGAGACUAAAUACCCAAUUGGACAGUAGUAAUGUAAAGACUGCAACACAAUUGUUUUACAUUUGGGGAAAUAAUGAAUCUGUUCAUGGAUCAACACAGUCUCUAGUUUUUUAAUCAUGGUAGACAAAUUGCUUUCUGUAAUUAAUACUUCUGCAUAACAACAUUUUAACUGCAGUGAUUGUGUGGAAAGAGGAUCAAUUCCAGCAAGCUAACACAAAUGUAUUCUCUCUCGCUCUCUCUCUCUCAUUUCAUUAUACAAAUGUAGCAUGAAAUCAUUAAAAUUAGCAAAUACAACACGAGUAUUUUGGCUACAACAGAUUCAACAGUGAGUAAUCUCCUGUAUAUAUUUCAAUUAACUUUAAUUACAUAUGGAUAGAUUGAACAGAAUGGGUUUCACGAGCUAUUAAAUAGCAGCAGAUUUUAUUUUGUGUACUGCAGCAAGUCAAAAGAAUAAAAUGCAGAAACAUGGACUUCACUUUUUGAGCAUUUUCUCUCUGUCUUUUACUCUUUUUAUCCUCUUCUCUUGGUUUCUGAUCAUGGAGGACAUUUCUGUAAAUCAAAUAUUUUGGAUUUAGUAAUAGUUCUGAAGUAUUAAUGAACAAAAUCCUCAAGCUAGGUUAAAUUAAACCACCUAAACAUGGUGGUUUUUGUAAUGUGAUUAAUGGAGGGGUGUACCAGAAUAACUGUCAAGGUUUCACUUAAACAUUUGUAAAGUUUUAUUUCUAACUAGUUUUCAAGUGUACACCAAAACCUAACAAAUUUGCCUUUUAAAAACUACAAUACCAUGAUUCUUCAGCUGAAGAUCUUCCACCAAGUUUUGCAGACCAUCCAGCUUGUUCUGCAGUUUCUUGCAGGCCUGCCCUGCGACAUCCAUCUGGUCAGUAUCUGAAGAGAGAAAUAGUGUACUGAAAUGAGGUAUGAAGGGAAACACUAGCUGCUAUGUCUCCUAAAUUGUAACAGUUCUUUCACAAUUGUGAAGCAGUAGAUAUUGAUGGGCAGAAUAGAAGGGUUUUUGGAAGAUGCAAGUCAAAGUGGGGAUAGAGAAACAAAGGGAGUGCAGAGGUCAAACUUUUAAUGAAAUUUGAACCAUAGGUUAGGAAUGCAAUUUUAAAAAGUCAAGUAUUAAGUGUUAUUUCUAAAUUGGGCUUCACUAAUUUUUCAAUUCUGUGCUAGACCCAUAUAAAACUUUUACACACCCUGUGUCAGUGCAGUUCUGAUUCUGUUAUCAAAAGAAGGUAGAAGCACUGGAGAGUUUGCAGAAAUCAGUACAAUUAGAAAUAUGAGUAUACAAAACAGCAAAGAUCAACACACUUAAAUUUGGUUAUCUUCUCUCUUGGAAAACAAAGGGUGACCUAAACGAGGCCUUCAAAACUAGUCAAGGUUUGACGAGGGGAUAUGAAGUGAAUCUUUUGUCCCAUGCGAAACAGCCUAACUAGAGGCAAUCAAAUACAAAAGAGAGCUUUCUUGGUGACUAAAAGAGAAUUCAGAACGUUAAUGCAAAGUGUUUUGUGAAACUCUGCUGCAGGGAAUUGAAGUGAAUAUGUGGACGUUUAAUGGGAAAUGAGGCCAGCAUAUGAGGAAGAUGGGAACAGCUAGCUUAUAAGGACUGAGGUUGGUGUUCAAGUCCCACCUGCUCCAGAGGUGUGUGAUAACAUUCUGAACAAACUGAUUAGAAAAAUAAUGUACAAGGAUAAAUUGAGAUGACCAAAGUUGGGAGGAGGCUUGAAUGCAGCAUUAACAUUAACAUAGAUUUGUUGGGCUGAACAGUCCAUUUCAGUAACCCAUAUCUUGCAUAAUUCUAUGGACGUAGGGAAAAAAUGAUUUGACUAACUUGGUUUAAGUUGGGUUUUUUUAAUAUAACUUGAAGUUGCCAUUUUGUGGGUAAUAUUUUAUACAAUUUGGGCACUGAUUCAAAAAUUUUUUUGAAAUCUUGUGAACUAUACUGAUAGCUGAUGUGAUCUUUGAGCCAAUAAUGUGUCCUAUCAAGAUAACCAAGUAAUAUGCAUGUCAUAUAAUUUUCCCCAUUAUUUAACUGCAAAUGCUAGCAUUGUUAAAACUGAAUCCUUCAAAGCAAACCAAAAGGUCAAACACCCUGUCAAGUCAACAAAAAGACAACUUUAGAAUAAGUGUUUAGUGGCUCCUGCUUCUCUCAGGUUACACACAGAUCUUACUGUUAUUUUGGAAGUGAAGUUCAUUUUCCAAAUAUGGUGAUGACAUGUAGCUGGUCCUUGAACAGCAUAGGUCAUUAACAACCGAGUUUUCCCUUCUAUAUUCGCACAGUGAACCAGUUAGCAAGGAAGAUACUGGUGAUCUUUCUGGACUCUGAUGCUUGGGGGAGGAGGUGUAGCACAGACCACUCGUCUGUAAUGAGUGGUUUGCUGUACAAGAGGAGGAAAAAAACAUUUUAUCUUUAGCAAAAUGUAACUGGGAAAUUGAAAUAUACAGUUAAGUUACACUAGCUGCAUCACAGGUUGUCAUCAUGAGAUCAAAACAGAUCUGAUCCUGAAUCAAAUUAAGUCACUGGAUUUGUAUAUCUGUUUCAUGGGUUCAGGCCUGUUUGGUUUUUAAGUUGGUCAACAAGUUUUGCAGAAGUUUGGUUUCAAAUAUUACUUUAUAGUUAGGUGUAAGCAAAUGUUUGCUGACAACAAGACCUUCACAGUUGGUAAGCACUGUGGGACUAAAGUAUAAAUUAGAACAGUAACUUGACCUUGUGAUAUUUUGUUUGACUGUUGGUAACUUGAUUUCUAAUAUCCUUGCAUUAUGGAUUUUCAUAUUCUUGGUUCAAAACAUCCCACUUCAGUCAAUUAUGAAGUAAUGUUUUGUGCUUUUAAAGAGUAAAGUGUAGACCUUUAACUGGUAAAGUAAUCUGUUUUAAUCCCUUCCAUUUAACCCAUUGCCAGCUAAAGUUCAGAUUUGAAAGGAUAUCCACUAUAAUAAAAUGGGGAAGGCAGCAACAUUUAAAAUAAUAAAACACUUCUUAAAAUUCGCACUCUCUCUCUCUCAAUCCUGUGCAAGUAUGACAAAAGCUAACUAUCCUUCCUGAUGAGCCGCCUGCAGACUUUAACAUGUUGACCAAACCACCACCCUCUUUCAGAUUUUUAUGCAAUGUAUUUAAAUUUCAUUAGCUAUCAUGCUGGAGUUUGAUGUACUGAAUGUAUAGGUUCAGUCUAGAUCACUAGGCGAGCAAUAUUACUUCUACCUCCACACCACACUCUUACCCUCCAAUUUAGAGUUUUUUAAAAAUCAAUCUGUUUGUGGAUGUUAUUACACACCUCUGGACCAGGUGUGACCUGGUCUCCUGGCUCAGAGGUAAGGACACUAGCAUGACACUUGAGGUUCCAUUCUUUACAAUCUAUUCAUAAUCGCAAAAUCUACUUCAAUUGCUUCUCUUUCUGCCCCAGCGCUGCUAACUGUGGUGUCUCCUAAGGAUAUUCCCUUAGUCCCUGCUUUCUAAUCCAGAUAAUGCCAUAGAAAUGUUGUCUUAAAAAAAAAUCCAGUUUCCAUGUCAACAAAACAAAGUGCUGGAGAAACGCAGUUUAAAGUUUAUGACAAAGGAUCACAAUUUCCUGUUAACUCGUGAAAGAGAAUUAGUAUUUCAAGUUCAGUCCUUAGAACUUCUGCUGUCAGACUUGCUGAGUUUCUCCAGCACUUAACCUGUAGCUGCUGGCAAACUAUUAUCUGUUUCCACAUGUAUGCUUAUUACAUCAAUUUCUACCUAAUCUUUAUUUCUCUCAACAAUUUUAGUGUCUCAAUUGUCAGACUGCUGGUCAAGCAAUCCAGUAAUGCAUGAACAGAAAUUUCCUCAAAUUGAGGGAAAACUGACUCUAUUGGUUUUGGCCCACAUCACAAACUCCAUUCUCUCAGCACUGACUCAGUCUGGCAAUUUUCUACUGUUGAACUCUGUCAUUGUCUGAUUCUGAAAUGGGCUUCCAACCAUUCAUCUGUGCCAUUACUAAGGCUAUCUACUUCCACCACAGGUUCAAUUCAGCUGUUGAUGAAACUUUCAUCCAUGCUUUUAUAAACCUUGGACUUGGCUAUUGCAAUGCACUGCUGUUCAGAAUCCCAUCUUUUUAAACUUGAGGCCUUUCAGAACUCUGCUAGCCAUGUCCUAACUCAAACCAAUCUUGUGCACGAUGAUCUACUUUGCCUUACAGUUAAGUACGAGCUUGGUUUUAAGAUUUCCCUCAUUUUCUAAUCCUUCCAUGGUUCACUGUUGUCUACUUCUUAACUCCUUCAAGGUCAGAAAUCAUAUAACACCAGGUUAUAGUCCAGGAGCCUCACUCCUCCUCCAGGUGUUAGCCAUACAACCUAUUGCUGAGGGCCGCCAUAUUGGAAAUUGGAGGAUUUAAGAACCUUAAAGGCCAGCACAGUUUAAAAAUGCAGCAACAAAGAGAAACCAACAUGCUUUUUAUCUCUUCUAGUUUCUUCAGCAUCCCUUUUUAAUUGCACCACUGUUUGUGGCUGUGCUUGCAGAAGUUCCCUUCCUAAUCUCCUUUUUUUUUCUUGUUUGAGACCCCCUGUAUGUUAAGGUAUGUUAUAUGAACAUCAAAGUAUUUCUAACACUUAAAAUCUACUUCGCUAAACAAUCACUUAGUAAUCAGCCUUACUGUGUCCGUCUGUAGUUUUGAGAUUUUGUUUGACCCUUUUGAAAUGGUUGUGGGGUGGUUUCAUUACAGGUGUUAGUCUCAUCAUUACAAAAAGCUGGCAUUCAGGGCAGAAUUUUGGAGGGAAAAAUCUACUGGAGUAUUUAAUCCACUUGCAAAGUGAAAGGAUGGUACAACAAACACUGGUAGGAGAACUUACUUUGGAAAUAAUUACAGUCCCUUGAUUCAUUGUGUUAGAAAGGUAAGGUUCUUUCUUGUUCUUCAGUGUGUUGAAUAUAGAAAAUUACUAUUUUUAUCUUGCAAGAACCUGGCCUUGAUUGCAUGACCAAAUAUUACACACAACUACAUACAUCUCAGUGGAACAGUUCAUUGUAAUUAAUUCACUAGAACUGACCUGUGUAAACUUAAAGGACAAGAGAAUGCAAGACAGAAUGCUGUUUAUAACACAUUCUUUUGGCAUGAUGAGAAGGUGGGGCUGGGUGAAGGAAAGGUGUUUCAAAAAGCCCAACAUAUGUACUGAAUGUAGAAUUUUGAACCAAGAGAAAACCUGUUUUACUAUGUUCCUAAAUAGUUGCUGCAGCAGAAUGGAGCUCAUACUACUUCACACAUGAACAGGAUCUGAAGUAAACUGAUUUUCUCUCCCAGCAGGCAAGGUAGAUAAGCUCUGUCAUAAAGGUGCCUGAGUAUGGUAUUGAAAGCCAGAGCUGCUUUGCCCUAUUGUGCAAAAUAACAAAUUAUUAGGGGCUAUGGAAGACGUUGGUCAAUAGGCUUUCUGCACAGUUUGGACAUAUCCAAGUUUGAAAACUUCAAAAUAAAUCUACAAUAAAAGUGCAGGAUACUGUAAA